AUGGCUACCAAUACUUUUGACCAAUUCUCUAAGACCGCCUCAAAUAAUGGAUUGACUUCAGUUGCUACUCAACGAACUUCAAUAAACUCUUUGUUAAAUCCUGAACCUGAUGAACAACAAAAAUCUUUCAAUACUACUUCUACUUCUUAUUCAACACAAAGUAAUGAUGAUUGGUAUGAUCAUCAAUCUUUAGAGAAUCAACAAGGUCAAAAUUGGCGUCGUUAUUCUUCUCCAAAUUUGUCACCUGAAUCAUCAUCAACUUCUAAUUCCAACAAUAAUAAAAAUGGUCUGACAAUCAAUUAUUGCGAUGAUACUAGCUCUUCACAACAAUCAUCACAAAUGGAUUCCUCGGUCUCUCAAUCAAUGCCAACAACUCCUGUUUUAAAACAUUCUUCUCCUAUGUCAGAUUAUAAUGGUACCAAUAAUAUUGAUGAUAAGGCUUCGUCUUCUUCAGCUCCAUCUUCUCGUAGAAGUUCAAUGAAUAGAUCUUCAGGAUCUGGUCAAGCUAUUAAUUCUUCUUCAAAUGGAAAUUCUAACAUGAUAACACCUCCACAAACUCCUGGUAUUAAGUCUCCUACAAAAGCAAAUUUCUCUUUCCCACCAAGUGUGACUAGUUGUGAACAAAUAAUGCCUCAAAAGGUUAAACGUAAACGAAUUACUCAAGAACAAUUACAAGAUUUGGUGGCAAUGUUUGAACAAACUGACACCCCAAGUUAUGAUGUACGUGAGAAGCUUGCCAAAAAAUUAAAUAUGACAAAUCGGGAAGUUCAGGUAUGGUUCCAAAAUCGACGCGCUAAAGCAAAUAGAGCAAAGGCAAACGAACAUAGCGCGUCCCAUCAACAUCACCGAUUUUUACAUCAUCAUUCAGUGUCAACGACACAAGCUGCCAGUGGACAUGCUUCAUCAAUUAAUAUGUUACCACAUGGGAAUUUUACAUUCGUUCCCAUGUUCGCUAAUGGAGGUCCAUCAACAGGUGGUCCUGUUAGGGGUCGUAGUAAUCGUAGACAUUCUUAUGUAUCACCUCCUACAAACAACAAUCAAAAGAAGGUGUCUCAAGAAGCUCCACUUACGAGACCUCGAGCUUCUACUGUAACAGGAGCACCAAUGACCUCAAUGAGCUCACAUAUGUCACACAUUGGAUCACAUUCGAUUCACUCCGCUCCUCAACAACAUCAACAAUCUUCACAAAAAUUGAUGGGAAUUCCACCACCAAUAAAAAUUAUGUCAUAUCCUCAUGAACAUCAUUUUGGUCACUCUCAUCAUCAUCCAGGAUACGCUUAUAGUGUUCCACCUUCUCCAAUCUCUCCUAUCAUGCCCAUAACUCCAAUUUCACCAACAACACCUACUCUUCCACCAAUCAAUUAUAUGUUGUCAAAUAUAAACAAUUUGACCCUUCCACCACCCGUUCCUCCAAUCAAGGAUCUCCUUUCUUCUGAAUAUCAACAGUCUGCGUAUCAACAACAAUCGCAUAAUUCUCAUCAGCAACAACAAAUCUUGUUGCCUGCACCCCAAUCAAGGUAUUCUGAUGUGACGAUGACAAAAGCAACGGAAGUUAAUUCAUCCAGCGAGCCCUCGCUUGACCUCCUUGCAACCGCUGCAGAACUAGUUCAAAGUGAAGAAAAAGAAAAGGAACGUCUCAAAGCACUUACAAUUAAAAUCGAGCCUCAAGAAGAAAUUGAAAAUGAUAAGAAGUCUUGGAGACCAUGGCUGAUCUAA